UGCAUCUGAAUCUCUUGCAGAUCACACCCCUAACUUCCUGCCGUCCCCUGAGCGUUACUCGACGAACACAGACCAGAACUGGGAGAUCUUCAACGACCCAGCAGACUCUAAAGAGAGCUUAUCAGAGCUGGUGGAGACCAUGGAGCGAGCCACGCAGGCAUCGAGAAGCUGCCUCGACUCCAAAGCCUCCAUCAAGCUGCUCUCCGUCAGCAGGCGGAGCUCCGAGGUCGGGAGCGUCGCCGAUUCUGCCGCUUCUUCACACACCUUCGAGCCUCCCUCAGCUGUUCAUCUGCCCACCUCUCCUCCUGAGUCGAGGAGCGGGAAGCGAGUGAGGAAGCUGAAGAAGAGGAAGGUGUUGAAGAAGGCCGGGGGCACGGAGCAGGCGGAGAGCAGCGACACGGAGCUGGACGGAGAAACGAUGAAACCGCGAUGGCUCCGACCCAGAAGGAGAACCAGCGGAGGGUCUCCUGUCAGCACCUCAACGCCUCCUUCAGAGGAGAGAGACGUUAAAGAGAAGAAGGAAGACCGCGAGACACACAAACACAAGGUGGAGAUUCCCCCGGCUGAGGAGGAGGAGAUGGAGGUGACUGAAGCCUGUCUGCAGCCCCACAUCGCCUGCAACGAGGUCACCUCCACCAGCGACAUGGAGGUGUGCAGAUCCUCAGAGAGUGAAAUGCCCUUUCCCAUCUUAUCGCCCAAGAUGUCGAUGAUCUUCUCAGGUACGUUUCCCUCUGGAGAGUUUUUCAUAUUAUACAGGUCGGGUUAUGCUCCAACAAAAGCAGUUUAAUCAUAUUAAUAUAUU